AUGGCAGCCUGCCGCGGCAAAGAAACGUGUGGCCGGUGCUCGGAAAUUGGGCACAACAGUAAAUCCUGCUCCUCUAUCCCGAAAUGUAUUAAUUGCAAAGGUGACCAUCCAUCUUAUACUCGGAAAUGCCCUAGAUGGAUCGAAGAAAAGGAAAUUCAAACAAUAAAAGUCAAUAAAGAUAUUUCUUUCGCCGAAGCACGAAAAAUUGUAAUUUCCAGGACACCGACUAUUGGAGUGUCAUAUUCUUCUGCGGUCAAAACCUGCCCGUAUUGUUCAAAUAAAACAGCACCACAAACAGAAAUAUCAUCUGAUAAUAACCCAAUGCCUUCAUCUAGACAAUAUUCAGCUAAUCACAAUAGAUCCAAUGAUCCUGGAAAAGAAAUAAUACAAAACAAAACUAGACCUCCAAAUAUAUCUAAAGUAAAUGACCAAAAAAACCAAAAGGAAACUAACUUAUUAAAUCUAAAUGACAAUGCCUUAAAAAUACCACCCACUAUUCAAUUAAACAGUGGUAACAUUACUCAUAACAAAACAUCUCGUAUACCUACAACCAACAAUAAAAAAGUAGAAACACCCAAAAGAACGUUAAAACUUUUCAAAGAAACAAAAGCUAUGAGGAAGUCUCGAAUACAGACAAUGAAAAAUAACUUGGACGGAAAAAUAAGAGAUUCCAUUAAAAAACGUACACUUACUAAACAAGAUUUUUUAAAACAAUCAAGAAUUGACGAAGAUGACGAUACUGAUGAUUUUAAAAUUCACCCAUCUGAUGAUGACGUGAUGUUCACUGAGGGGUCGAAGAGACUUUAA